GUAGCACGUGAUGAUAUUAAUAUGUUCUCUUCUCCAUUCAAUCAACCUGAAAAAUUGAUAACUUGAAUUUCUAUUUACGGCAAACUUCAUGUUAAACAAGAAGGAGAAAGAAACAAUAUGUUAAGUUUUUUCCAGAUAUUUCAUAUAUUGUUUGGAUUGGGUCUGGCAAGUGCCGCUAUAUGUAAAUAUAAUGAAUCGUCUACGGUAAAUUCCGAUAGAAGGAAGUACUGUUCUUACGGCUGCUGUUUUAAAAGUAUAAAUAAUGUAUGCUGUCCUAAAACGUCUGGUAUUACAUUGUCUAAAGGAGUGUAUUAUGGCAUGGGAGGAGGCGGUCUUGUAUUUAUUUUAUUGGUUGCAGGUUGUUGUUGGUAUUGUUGUAGGUCGAAUGAAUCCGGAGGAGAAGAAACCGAGGCAAACCCUCAGCCAGCAAUGCCUUUCACGCCUUAUACCAUAGCACCUGGCGCACAUCCAUAUGGAAUGACAAAUAACAGUGUUCCUGGAGGAUAUAAUGCACCAAUGCACAAUGCACAUCCUGGAGGAUAUAAUGCACCAAUGCACAAUGCACAUCCUGGAGGAUAUAAUGCACCAAUGUACAAUGCACAUCCUAGAGGAUACAAUGCAUCAAUGCACACGGCGCCAGUUAUCAAAAGUAAGAAGAGCUCAUCACAAUCAUCUUUAAAGGGAGGAUUUAACAUUAUGAAAAAAGUGGCUAAAACUUCGAUCAAAAUAGGCAAACACUUUAAUGUAAUGGAUGAUGAAACAGAAUGUAACCAUACGUUUGAUACUACAGAAUAUAACCAUACGUUUGAUACUACAGAAUAACAAAUUAAAGUAUGUGUGUUUGUCUAGACACAUUUUAGCGUACAUGUUGACUCCUAAUUUUAAAAAGCUAACAUCUUUAUUGUGUUGGAACUUUGUUUAGUUGUAUAAGUAGUGCAAAAUAUUAUAGUUUACUUUACACUAUCAGAAUUACAAAUUGUUAACAUACUAAUUCUUUUUUGUGACGUUUGACUUACAGGGUAGAUAUUCCUUUAAAAAAGGAACGAAAGAUACCAGAAGGACAGUCAAACUCAUCGAUCAAAAACAAACUGACAACGCCAUGGCCAAAAAUAAAAAGACAAACAGACAAAUAAUAGUACAGAUGACAUAACAUAGAAAACUAAAGACUAAGCAACACGAACCCCACCAAAAACUGGGGGUGAUCUCAGGUGCUCCGGAAGGGUAAGCAGAUCCUGCUCCACAUGUGGCACCCGUCGUGUUGCUUAUGUUAUUACAAAUCCGGUAAAUAGUCUAAUGUUUAACCCCACCGCAUUUUUGCGCCUGUCCCAAGUCAGGAGCCUCUGGCCUUUGUUAGUCUUGUAUCAUUUUUAAUUUUAGUUUCUUGUGUAUAAUUUGGAGUUUAGUAUGACGUCCAUUAUCACUGAACUAGUAUACAUAUUUGUUUAGGGGUCAGCUGAAGGACGACUCCGGGUGCGGGAGUUUCUCGCUGCAUUGAAGACCCAUUGGUGGCCUUCGGCUGUUGUCUGCUCUAUGGUCUGGUUGUUGUCUCUUUGACACAUUCCCCAUUUCCAUUCUCAAUUUUAAUUCGGUAGGUCACAUUCGUGAAAAGGGAAGGGUAUUGUAGUUACGACAUAAGGAACAUAUUCCGAUUUAAAUUUCCAAAGGGAUCUAUAGCCUUAGUUUGUUGCAUUUUAUUUAAGGAGAACAUCUAUAUUGAAUGACAAUGUAUUGAAGUUAUGAAUCAAUCUUUUAAAAGAUACGUUUUUUUUACAGUAAUGAAAUAGAUAAAUAACAAAUCAAUGAAUCAUGUUUUAUGAAGUGUAAGUACAGGUAUAUAAUAAUAUAUCAAUUUACACGGAUAAAUUUUAACAACUUAAUGUACAUGUUUAUAUACUAUUAUAUCCAGGUUUAACAUCGAAAGAAUUCCGUAUAUGUUUUCCAUUUACACUAUAGAAAUUUUGUAUUUUGUAUAUUUUUUUAUGUUAUUAUAGUACAUUGCACACCAUUAAAGCAUGAAUACAAUUGUU